CUGACAUCAACUUGGAUAUAUCAAAGCCUUUGAAAGCAAACCUGAGUUUUACCAAACUGGAUCAGAUAAAUCAAUAUUUAAAGAAGAUAAAAAAUGCACACAGCCUUGCACAUAGCAAAGAGACCUCAGUUCUUUCAGACACCACACUGAAUAAGCUUGAACAUUCAGUCUCCAAGUGUUACCGUGGCAAGUUGUCUAAACCUAAAGUUCAUAGUGAUGGAGUGCAAAUUUCAUUUCAAGAAAACAUGUGGAGAGCCAUUUCCUGCUUUCAGAAAAUUUCUGUCCAUACUACUCAAAUUGUGGUAUCCAUGGAAACUGUUCCACAUCCUGAUAAACCAUGCCUAUUAGCAUCUCUAUCAUACCUCAAUGGAAGCCUUAGUGUGAAAGCAGCACAAAAAGUACCUGGCAUAUUUCUUGGGUCAUCAUUUCUACUCAGCAUAAAUGAUUUUCUCCUUAAAACAAGUCUCAAAGAAAGAAGUCGGAUUCUGAUAGGACCAUUUUGUGCUACUGCCAGUCUGGAAGCUAAAUGGUGUAAACACAGUGGUAAUCCAGGCCCAGAACAAUCCAUACCAAAAAUAUCCAUCGAUUUAAGAGGUGGUCUGCUACAGGUCUUCUGGGGUCAAGAACAUUUGAAUUGUUUAGUUCUUCUACAUGAAUUGCUCAAUGGAUAUCUUAUUGAGGAGGGAAAAUUUGAAGUGCAAGUUUCUGAACCUGUGUCUCAAAUGCCAUCUCCUGUGGAAAAGAAUCAGGCCUUUAAAAGUGAGCAAAGUUCAGAUGACCUGCGGACAGGUCUCUUUCAAUAUAUACAAGAUGCUGAACCUCUGAAACUUCCUGGUGUCUAUGAAGUCUUGUUUUGUAAUGAAACAGAAGAUUGCCCAGGGAUGAUGUUAUGGAGGUAUCCAGAACCUCGAGUGCUCACCCUUGUACGAAUAACUCCUGUGCCUUUCAAUACCACAGAGGAUCCAGAUAUUAGCACAGCAGACCUGGGUGACGUGCUACAGGUUCCUUGCAGUUUGGAAUACUGGGAUGAACUCCAGAAGGUGUUUAUUGCAUUUCAAGAAUUUAGUCUGUCUGAAAGCAAAGUUUGUGAACUGCAUUUGCCAGAUAUCAAUCUUGUGAAAGGCCAGAAGAAACUGGUAUCCUCAGACCUUUGGAGAAUUGUCUUGAACAGCAACCAAAAUGGAGCUGAUGAUCAAAGCUCUGCAAGUGAAUCUGGUUCACAAAGCACUUGUGAUCAACUUGUAACUCCAACAGCCCUGGCUGCCUGUACCAGAGUUGACUCCUGCUUUACCCCAUGGUUUGUCCCAUCUCUUUCCAUGUCCUUCCAGUUUGCUCACCUGGAGUUCCAUCUUUGUCAUCACCUUGAUCAACUAGGCACAGCUUCACCACAAUACCUACAGCCAUUCAUUUCUGAUAAAAAUGUGCCAUCUGAACUAGAAUACAUGAUCAUUUCCUUCAGAGAACCACAUGUGUAUCUUCAACAGUGGAAUAAUGAUUCCGUCUGCCAGGAAAUUCGGUUCUCAGCUCAAAUGGACUGUAAGCUUCUAGAGUGCAGAAAUGUUACAAUGCAAAGUGUGGUGAAACCCUUCAGCAUCUUUGGACAGAUUGCAGUUUCCAGUGAUGCAAUGGAAAAGAUGCUUGACUGCACCCUGAGAGUGGACUCCCUGUUUGUAAACUUUGGACAGCAUGUAGUUCAUUCUCUCAGCACUGCAAUACAAGCUUGGCAACAGAACAAAUGCCCUGAGGUAGAGGAGUUGGUCUUCAGCCACUUUGUGAUCUGUAAUGACACACAGGAGACACUGCGGUUUGGCCAGGUGGAUACUGAUGAAAAUAUCCUGCUGGCGAGUCUCCAUAGUCACCAGUACAGCUGGCGCUCCCACAAAUCCCCACAGCUGUUACACAUUUGCAUCGAAGGUUGGGGCAAUUGGCGCUGGUCAGAGCCCUUCAGUGUGGACCAUGCUGGGUCGUUUAUUAGAACAAUUCAGUACAAGGGUCGAACUGCUUCACUCAUCAUCAAAGUUCAGCAACUCAGUGGAGUGCAAAAACAGAUUAUUAUCUGUGGAAGACAGAUCAUCUGUAGUUAUUUGUCUCAAAGCAUAGAACUAAAAGUCGUUCAGCAUUACAUUGGUCAAGAUGGACAAGCUGUGGUUCGAGAACAUUUUGACUGCCUCACAGCCAAACAGAAAUUGCCCUCAUAUAUAUUGGAAAACAGUGAACUGACAGAGUUAUGUGUGAAGGCCAAAGGAGAUGAAGACUGGUCAAGAGACGUGUGCCUAGAAUCCAAAGCCUCUGAGUAUAGCAUCAUCAUCCAGGUGCCAGCUUCACACAGUUCCAUUAUUUAUGUCUGGUGCACAGUUUUGACUUUGGAACCCAACUCACAACUGCAACAACGAAUGAUUGUGUUCAGCCCUCUUUUUAUCAUGAGGAGUCAUCUUCCAGACCCCAUUAUCAUACAUUUGGAGAAAAGGAGUCUGGGAUUGAGCGAAACACAGAUUAUUCCAGGAAAAGGGCUGGAAAAACCACUGCAAAACAUAGAACCUGACCUUGUACAUCACCUAACAUUUCAAGCAAGAGAAGAAUAUGAUCCAUCAGAUUGUGCUGUUCCCAUAUCAACAACCCUCAUUAAGCAAAUAACCACUAAAGUACUCCCUGGAGGCACAGUUAAUCAGAUCCUUGAUGAAUUCUAUGGGCCAGAAAAGUUCCUUGAACCCACGUGGCCCUAUAAUAAGAAGGAAUCUGACAGGAAUGAACAGCUGAGUCAGUGGGAUAGCCCAAUGCGAGUGAAACUGUCAAUCUGGAAGCCAUAUGUUAAAACCUUGUUGAUAGAACUUCUACCAUGGGCCUUGCUUAUCAAUCAGUCCAAGUGGGACCUCUGGCUAUUUGAAGGAGAGAAGAUUGUUCUACAAGUUCCUGCUGGCAAAAUUAUUAUUCCUCCUAAUUUUCAGGAGGCUUUUCAAAUUGGAAUAUACUGGGCAAAUACAAACACUGUGCACAAGUCAGUAGCAAUAAAACUGGCCCAUAACCUGACAUCUCCAAAGUGGAAAGAUGGAUGUAAUAGUGAAGUUGUGACAUUGGAUGAAGACGCAUUUGUUGAUGCUGAAAUAAGACUAGGUGCUUUCCCAGGACAUCAGAAGUUGUGUCAGUUCUGUAUUUCCUCCAUGAUACAGCAAGGCAUACAGAUUAUUCAGAUUGAAGACAAGACAACAAUAAUCAAUAACACACCAUAUCAAAUAUUUUAUAAACCAUGGUUAUCUGUCUCCAGUACCCAUUCUGGAACAGAGUAUUUUCACGUCCCAGACAGUGCUACUUUCAGCAUUUGCCCAGGUGGAGAACAGUCUGCUAUGAAAUCCAGCUCCCUUCCCUGCUGGGACUUCAUGCCUGACAUUGGGCCAUCAGUGUUGGAUGUAUCCCUGCUUCAGAAACAGAUAUUGCUGGGCUUUUCUCCUGCUGCAGGUGCUGACAGCUCACAGUGCUGGAGUCUGCCAGCUAUAGUUAGACAAGAGUUUCCCAGACAGAGUAUAGCAGUGCCCUUUGGGAACUUCAGGGAAAAUGGAUUCUGUACCAGGGCUAUAGCACUGACAUAUCAAGAACACUGUGGAGUGACUUAUUUAACUCUCUCAGAAGACCCUAGUCCUCGAGUAAUUUUCCACAACAGAUGUCCAGUAACACUGCUUAUAAAGGAAAAUAUCAAAGAUAUUCCAAAGUUUGAGGUUUACUGCAGAAAAGUUCCUUCUGAGAGUUCAGUUCAUCACGAGCUAUAUCAUCAGAUUUCUAGUUAUCCAGACUGUAAGACCAAAGACUUACUUCCUAGCCUCCUUUUAAAAGUAGAAUUGCUGGAAGAAAUCACAACUGAGUGGAGUGAUGCCAUCGACAUCAAUAAUCAGGGAACACAGGUUCUUUUCCUCACUGGCUUUGGCUAUGUGUAUGUGGACGUUGUUCAUCAGUGUGGCACAGUUUUCAUCACUGUGGCCCCAGAAGGAAAAGCAGGACUAAUUUCAACCAAUCCAAACAGAACUCUGGAGAAGAUGAUUACUGUUAAAAUGUUCAUCACACAGUUGAGCCUGACGGUGUCCAAUGACCUCACUCACCACAGAGCAUCGUCUGAACUUCUGAGGCUCACGCUGGACAAUGUGUUUCUCCAUGUGGCCCCUGUGGCUGGUGCCCUCCCUGGAGAAGAGCCCACUGCCACUUUCUUCCAGCUUUACUGUGUUGAGGUCUAUUGUGGGGACCUGCAGCUGGACAACCAGCUUUAUAACAAGUCCAAUUUCCACUUUGCUGUCUUGGUCUGCCAGGGAGAGAAAACAGAACCUACUCAGUGUUCUAAAAUGCAGAAUCUCCUUAUAUCCAGCAGAGAUUUGGAAGAAUACAAGGAGAAUUGCUUCAUCAAGCUUUGUGCCACUGUAACUGAGGGCAAGAGCUUCUUGCUCAAUGUCAACGAGUUCAGAUUUGAGCUGAAACCUGCCCGGUUAUACGUGGAGGACACAUUUGUUUACUACAUCAAAACUUUAUUCAACACUUACCUUCCUUACAGCAGGCUGGCUCGUCCCUCUGCGCAGCUCUUUGGGGAUAGACAGGUGCUGCCCAUGCAGGUGAGACAGCACGCCAGGGCCUUGGUAAACCCAGUGAAGUUACGAAAGCUGGUCAUACAGCCAGUGAGCCUGCUCGUCAGCAUCCAUGCUUCCCUCAAGCUGUACAUAGCUUCUGACCACACUCCUCUCUCCUUCUCCGUGUUCGAAAGAGGACCCAUCUUCACCACAGCAAGGCAGCUCGUGCAUGCCCUGGCCAUGCACUAUGCUGCUGGGGCUCUUUUUAGAGCAGGCUGGGUGGUGGGGUCUCUGGAAAUUCUUGGCAGCCCAGCAAGCUUGGUGAGAAGCAUAGGAAAUGGAAUCUCCGACUUCUUCAGGCUUCCAUAUGAGGGACUGACCCGAGGCCCCGGGGCCUUCGUGAGCGGAGUUUCCAGAGGGACCACAUCGUUUGUGAAGCACAUUUCCAAAGGUACCCUCACAUCCAUCACCAACUUGGCCACCAGCCUAGCUCGGAACAUGGACCGGCUCUCACUGGAUGAGGAGCACUACAACCGCCAGGAGGAGUGGCGGCGCCAGCUCCCUGAAAGCCUCGGUGAGGGGCUGCGACAGGGCCUGUCUCGGCUGGGCAUCAGCUUGCUUGGUGCAAUUGCUGGUAUAGUUGAUCAGCCAAUGCAGAACUUCCAGAAAAUAUCCGAGGCCCAGGCAUCAGCAGGACACAAAGCCAAGGGAGUUAUCUCAGGCGUGGGGAAAGGAAUCAUGGGAGUGUUCACAAAACCCAUCGGGGGAGCUGCUGAGCUUGUGUCACAGACUGGCUAUGGUAUUUUACACGGAGCUGGACUUUCUCAGCUUCCCAAACAGCGCUAUGAGCCAACUGAUCUACAUGCUGACCGGGCUCCAAACAGCCAUGUCAAAUAUGUCUGGAAAAUGCUUCAGUCUCUGGGCAGACCAGAAGUCCACAUGGCCCUGGAUGUGGUGCUGGUGAGGGGCUCAGGCCAGGAGCAUGAAGGGUGCUUGCUGCUGACAUCAGAAGUGCUCUUCGUGGUGAGCAUCAGCGAGGACACGCAGCAGCAGGCCUUCCCCAUCACAGAGAUCGACUGUGCACAGGACAGCAAGCAAAACAACCUCCUUACUGUGCAGCUCAAGCAACCAAGAGUGGCCUGUGAUGUGGAGAUGGAUGGAGUACGAGAGAGACUAUCAGAGCAACAGUACAACAGACUUGUGGACUAUAUCACAAAGACCUCAUGUCACCUGUCCCCCAGCUGCACUUCCGUGCAAAUACCAUGCCCUGUGGUGGCUGUGGAACCUCCCUCCUCCACUGCUAAAACAUACCAUUAUCUGGUUGACCCACCCUUUGCUCAGGUCUUCAUUAGUAAAUUUACCAUGGUGAAGAAUAAAGCCCUGAGGAAAGGGUUUCCCUAAGUCCCUCAAAGGUGUUAAUUCUGCUUGUACAAUUUAUUUUUGAAACAAGAAACCCAGAUUUAUUAGCUGUAACAUUCAACAUAGACACAGGGCCAACACUACAGGUAUAGGUACACUCAUUUUCUAGACACUCCUGAAAUUGUGAUUCUUCUUUUCUCCCUAAAACAAAGAAAAUACUUUUAAGAUGGAGUGACCAAAAAAUGUGUUCCUCUCCCAUUUAGAGACAACGAUCAAUAAAAUCCUAUAUAUGCUGUAUUCUUACCACACAUGGAAAACUUUCCUUUUUGUUCCAUAGUGUCAUUUCCAAAAAUAUCCACUAUAAUUUGGCUCUAUUAAUGCUCUGCUCCAAGACAAAAGUGCAGAGUCAGACUUAAAACUUCAUCCCAGUUGCAUCUGUUUUGGAGCAGAGAUACCACCUCUGCCUAAUACUCUGCAUCUAUAAAGAUUGAAAUUCUUGAAGUGAAAUGCUUUGGACUUUGAAUUUGUCACUUAACUGCAAUGCUGUUCUUUUAGUUAUCGCUGCCAUGUAUAUUACCUCCAAAGUCUGCAUUUUACUGAAAUUUAUAAAAGUCUUAGGUGCUUUUAGGAAAGUUUGUUUUACUAAACAAGCUAAAAUGUUAAUCUUUGAGUGUACCAAUCAAUGCAAACAGACCCAAGUGCUCAGAAAAGUUUUAAAACAUGUACUUCUAGGAACUCCCUUGUGUGGAACUGCCUGGUGUACUGGAGGGGAAUCAAGAACCCCAACAUUAAUGCUGGCAAUGACAUCAGUCCAGAUGGCUUACUAUGAUGAACUGAUGUGAUAAAGUAUGAAGACAUGCCUGAUGUCUGGUAUCAUUUUAGAUUUUCAGGUCACUAGGUAUCUUGGUAUGUUCAGUAAACAUCUCAUGGUUCAAUUAAAACACAUCCACUGAUUACAUUCAAACUUGCCCUACAACUUUUUGGGUACAAUUGUGAAAUACUAAGAAAAUACAUUUCUGACGGCCCAUUGAUCUUUAGGCACACAUUAUUGUGGCACUGUUACUGGAGAGCAACUCUAGUAAUGGACAAUUCAGUCUGAAUAUGAGUUUGAUUUGUAAUACUCAUUUAAGGAGAAUGGCAUUUUUUGUCAACCUCAAGAUAACUAUUUUUAAGAAUGUAAUUAUGUACCAAU